GUCCCUGCCGGGGCGGGUACCAGGCAACCGCGUCAAAUUGAGAGGUCAGCGGUCAGCCCAACUCAAUGGCCUAGGCUCGCCAGGACAGGCGCGGGCCCUGCCGGCCUCCGUCCUCUUCCGCUUGCUCCAGGUGCACAGCGGAUCCCUCCGCCACAGCGAGCGCUCACGGUAGAGCGGCGAUCGGCUUUUCGUCAAUACCCGGAUGGAAGUGUAAUGGCCGCCGUCAGGGACUUACAGGCAAUGGGGACCACGACAGGUAUUCCCUGUGAGAGGGGCUGUCCAGACUUGUUAGGAUGCCUGUACUUCUAGAGGGCCAGCUAGGGGGCAAAGGGCGAGUUUGUGGGGCGUCAGGGUUCCCCCCCGAAUUGGCUCAGGGAUCCGCCUCUUGAGCUAGGAAGCUUCUGUUAAAUAGUCCCGGCCAUUCAGUGCUUUCGCCUAACUUGCUGCAAAGUUUUUCUAGAUACCAUCUCUUUUGAUCACUGUUCCUGAUUGAGGCUUUGUGCAAGCAUUAAAUUGUGUGCCUUUUGUUCCUUGAAAAAAGAGCAGGUGCUAGCAACCCCCAACUCUGGUUGGCUUCUGGACCCAGAUCAAAGCUCUGGAUUCAUCUUCUCCUCCCCAUACCUCAGCUGGAGAUUUCUGUUACCCCAGGGGACUCCGCAGAAUCUUCCUCUCAAGCCCUUGCUUUCUCUACCAAGAUGAGGAAGCUGAGGUGCAGAGAAGUUGAAGCUUGUCCAGUGCCACAGAGCAAAGCUGGAAAUAAAACUUCUUGUAUUCCCUGACUUUCAUGUUAGAGAUAUCUCUACUUCAAACUUUUGCUUCUUGGUGAGUUAAUGUGGGAAAAAUCCUGGUAUUUCGAAGAUGUUUCAGCACAGUAUUGUUUCCUGUUUAAGUUUCCAGUAAUUUCAAGAGUUUUCAGAAAAAAAGAAAUCCGGAUUUUUUCAGUUAAAUCAUGCCAUCUGAACAGAAACAAUUAUUCUCUGAUGAAAAACAAGCUACUUUAAGAAAAGAUUAUGAUACGAAAAGUGAUGUAAUUGAUACUAUCAGAUCAGUAAUUGAACCAAAAAUUUCAGAAAGUGAUUUUCAUUAUAAACUGAAGAAUGUGAAAAUUUAUUUGCCGAAGAUAAAUAUUCCAAAUGAAGUCCUACUGAAACAUGAAGUUGACAAAUACAGAAAAUUAUUUCAGCAUAAACCACAGACUGCAAGGAAAUCUAUCGCUAUAAAGGCUGUAAGCUGUGUAGGGGAGUGUGUGUUGGUCCAUAAGCCUGAGAAGGUUGAAGAAGAGGGUAUAAAAAUGUCUGCAAAAAUACUCAGUUUCAGCUGUUUAAAAUGCCGAGAUAGCACUCGAUACAGCCCAAAUGAUUUGCAAAAACACUUUCAAAUGUGGCACCAUGGCGAAUUACCUUCAUAUCCUUGUGAAAUGUGCAGUUUUUCAGCAAAUGACUUUCAGGCAUUUAAACAACACAGACGAACCCAUAGAAGCACUUUAGUAAAAUGUGACAUUUGUAACAAUGAGAAUGUAUAUACUUUAUUAGACUUGACAAAACAUUUUGUAUCCACACAUUGUGUAAAUGGUAGUUUUCAGUGUGAAAAGUGCAAAUUUUCCACCCUGGAUGUUGGCACAUUUGUUCAGCAUAUUCAUAGACACAAUGAAAUCCAUUAUAAAAGUGAUAAAUAUCAUCAUAUAUAUUUUACUAGAGGAGAGAUUCAGAAGCACCUUCAUGUUCAUUCUGUUAAAUUUCCCUUCACUUGUCAAUAUUGUAGCUAUGGUGCCGCAAGGAGAGAGCACCUUGUAAGACAUGUUCUGACAUUACACAAAGAACAUUUAUAUGCAAAAGAAAAAUUAGAAAAAGACAAAUAUGAAAAAAAGAUGGCAAAGACUUCAGUAGGACUUAAGCUAAUACUGAAAAGAUACAAAAUAGGUGCAUCAAGGAAGACAUUCUGGAAACGCAAGAAAAUCCACAGUGGAAGUGACCAAAUUCUAGAGAAAAACACUGAAGUACUUAAAAAAAAAGUGAACAAAACACAGGCUAAAUCUGAAGGCCAGAGCCAUCUUAUUCAAGAACAUUUAAAUGAAAAGGAUGAACGACUGCACUGUGAAAGCAAUAACAAACCUGCUGAGUCAGAGUCAGAAAAGCCAACUAUUCUGUCCACUGGACAGCAUAAUAGAGCUGAAGAGCUGUCAAAUUCUACUUCAGGUUUCUUGAAGACUGCUGUACAAGGACCUACAGUGUUAAUGGUGAAGAACAAUAGAAUAACAGUUCCAGCUAACUAUAGUGCUAAGUUUAUGGGUUUCAAGAUGGUGGAUGGAAAACAACAUAUUGUAAUAAAAUUGUUGCCUACCAAUAAACAGAAUUUAUAUUCAUCAGGUUCACAGUCAGAUGCUGCAAAGGACAGUACUGCUAAUUUGAAGCUACAGACUUUGGACACCACUGGAUUUCUAACAAGAGGAACAACUGACUUAAGUGACACAGUUUACAUGAAAGCAACUACAUUUUCAUGUUCGCCUCCUAUCCUUGCAGGGAAAGUAACUUCAGAAAAAGAAAUAGCUUUGCUGUCUCAGACGAGUAAUACCCUUCAAACUGUGGAUGAUGAAAAAAGUGUAUCUUUUACAUCAUCAUCAGGAUUAAUUACGUCACCAGUGAAUUUCAGUACAAAAGUUGAAACAAGAGAUAAUGUUGACUUACUAGGAAGUCAUAUUACUCAUAGUUACCCUGAGGUAUCAGGUACUGCCAUUAAAAGUUCAGAUAAAAUCAACUCUGCUACCAAACCAAAUGCAUACCAUAGUGGAGAUAUGCAUAACUACUGCAUUAAUUAUGUCAACUCUGAAUCACCUGUUGAAUGUUCCAAACAAGGAUCAUUACCUUUUCAUAAUUACUCAAAAGUGAAUAAUUCUAAUAAACGUCGGAGGUCUUCAGGAACAGCAUGUGAAAGCCCUCAAAGAGAAUCUUCAUCAAGUAGGACAGUUGGUCAACAACCAAUAAGUGCAUCAGUCUUAUCACUAGUGAAAAAGGAGAGCUCAAACCCAGAUAGCAUGUUAGCAUCUGUUAGCCUUUUAAAUACUAAAGAUGAAACUUUAAAAGCUCAAGUUGAUAUAGAAGAACAGUAUGUUUUAGAAAAAGGACAAAACACUGAUGGCCAGAACCUAUACAUUAAUGAAAACCAAAAUUUAGAGAGCAUGGCUGAAAAAUCUAAAUGGGAUGACGUUUCCAGCGUUGAAUCACCUUUGAUGCCUAGGAUCACAUCUGUGUUCUCUCUGCAGAGCAAACAGGCAUCAGAAUUUUUGCCACCUGAAAUAAACCAGUUACUUCAAGAUAUAUUAAAAUCUGAUGUAAAACAAGAGUGUAGUGACACUCCAGAUAAAAGCCUGUCACAUCACUGCGACCAGUCUUCUCAGAAACAUGAGGGAGAAGGCAAAAUUAUUGAAUCUUCAAAAGACUUCAGAGUACAAGGCAUCUUCCCAGUUCCGUCUGGUAGUAUGGAUAUUAAUGUGCCUACAAAUGAUCUGAAUUUAAAAUGUAGUGGAAAAGAAACACAAAUGCUGUCAGUGUCACAAGAUGUGAGAGAUUUAGAGAAGACACCUAGAAUUUCAGGUAUUGGCACAUUACUUAAGACUCAGUCAGAUGCAAUAAUAACACAGCAGCUUGUAAAAGACAAACUGCGAGCCACUACACAAAAUUUAGGUUCUUUGUAUAUGCCGAGUCCACUUGUAAAUUCAGAACCAAAAAAAGCUAUAUUCGUCCAGACUCCAAAAGGCUUUUUUGUACCAUUGCACAUUGCUAACAAGCCUGGAUUACAUGUUGUUUCAGGAAAACCACAGGUUAAUAAUCAAGGAGUACCUGCUUCUCUUCUUUUAAACAAGAAACCUGGGAUGAUUUUAACAUUUAAUAAUGGGAAAUUUGAAGGUGUUAACACUGUCCAGAGUGAGAGUUCUCAAGCUUGUGGAACUACAACAAAAGAGCCUUGCAGAACACCUUUUUUAAAGGUAGAACCAAACAAUAAUUGUCUGACACCUGCACUUUGUUCCAGCAUUGGCAGUUGUUUGAGCACGAAAAGUAGCUCAGAAAAUACUUUGCCGUUAAAAGGCCCUUACAUUAUUAAAACACCAUCAAGUUCUUCAGUGAAAGCUGUUCCCACUUUUAAUAUAGUAUCUGAGCAUCAGGGUGCUAAGUCGAAUGUCUUGAGUUCAGUAAAACAGCAGAACGAGACUUUUCCAAAACCACCUCUUUUUACCCUUUUGCCUGAUGGCAAACAAACUGUUUUUUUGAAGUGUGUGAUGCCAAAUAAAACUGAGCUGCUUAAGCCUAAAUUAGUCCAAAAUAGUACUUAUUAUCAAAAUAUACAGCCAAAGAAACCUGAGGGAACAUCACAAAAAAUAUUGCUGAAAAUCUUUAACCCUGUUUUAAAUGUGACUGCUGCUAAUAAUCUGUCAGUAAGCAACUCUGCAUCCUCAUUGCAGAAAGACAAUGUGUCAUCUAAUCAGACUGCAGGAGGAGGGCAGAAAGAGCCAGAAUCAUCUAGAGAUGCCUUACCCUUCUUAGUAGAUGAUAUGAUGCCAGCAAAUGAAAUCGUGGUAAGUUCUACUGCAACAUGCCCAGAAUCUUCUGAGGAACCAGUACAUAUCACUGAUGGUUCAGAGGCCAGGGUUUUGAGGUAUAAAACAAAUUGUACAAUUGAGAGAAGUUUUAAUAGAAAAAAGACUUCAAAAAAAAAUAUUUCAAGAAUAAAAACUCAUGUAAGUAGAGACUCUGAAACUGCCGGUGUAUCUAGAAGCAGAAACUGUAAACGAAAGUGUAGGGACAGUUACCUAGAACGUCCAAGAAAAAAAGCUACAUUACAUAGAAAGUGUAAAGAAAAAGUUAAACCUGAAGAUGUCCAUGAAUCAUUUGGAUUUUGCACGCCGAGGCUUUCAAAAGAUUCUGUCAGAACUUUGCGACUUUUUCCCUUUAGCUCCAAACAGCUCGUGACAUGUCCCAGGAGAAAUCAACCAGUUGUAGUGUUGAAUCAUCCAGAUGCAGAUGCACCAGAAGUAGUAAAUGUAAUGAAAACAAUUUCCAAAUUUAAUGGACGUGUACUUAAGGUUUCGUUGUCAAAAAGAACUAUCAGUGCUUUACUGAAACCAGUUUGUUAUAACACUUCUAAAACAACUUACGGUGAUUUUUCCAAGAGGCACAAAACAUUUAAACCUGUUAGUUCUGUGAAAGAAAGAUUUGUGCUAAAAUUAACACUCAAAAAGACAAGCAAAAACAAUUAUCAGAUUGUGAAAACUACCUCUGAAAAUAUUCUGAAGGCUAAAUUUAACUGUUGGUUUUGUGGUAGAGUAUUUGACAAUCAGGAUGCUUGGGCUGGUCAUGGGCAGAGGCAUUUAAUGGAAGCUACUCGUGAUUGGAAUAUGUUAGAAUAAUGUACUGUAAUUACCAAGGAAAAGAAAGGUAAAAUUAAAGGAAACAGUGGAUUUACCUUAAUACAGACAUUUUCUACUUCCAUAGAAAUUAAACAUUUAACCAUUGGCUAUAUUCUUUAGAAGAGAAAGUCUUAUGUGUGAUGUUGGAAAAUGCUAUUACUGCACACAUUAAUUUUGAAAGAAUUCAUCACAACACAGAUGUACCUUGAUUUGAUUUUUAAAAAAUGUGUUCUUUGGAAGUUAGGGCUAAAGUAAAUUUUGAUAAAGUUUACCCAAUUUAGUUCUUCAGCGACUUACUGGCUGACAGCCCCAUCCAUUCCUUCUCUUUCACCAGCCUUAUGAAUCUGGUAAGUAUAGUUCCUCUGAAGAUGGAGAGCUCUUUCAUCAUGGAACUGAAUGAGUUUCACAUCAUUUGUGAGGAUAUAUACUAAGAGAGCUUGAGUAAAGAACUUAGUCUACAUCUGCUAAAUAUAAGUUCUUGUGAAGAGUAUAGGUUCCUUUGAGAGUAUAUUUCAUUCACUACAGUUAAAACUCAUGAUGCUCAGAAAGUUUUUGACAAAUUUUUUUUCUCAUAAGCUGGUGUCCCUUGUCAGAGAUUGUAACACCUUUCCAUGGUGAUUUUCUGAAUGGCUAGGUCAAGCAUUGUAGAUGGGCAGCCUUGAAAGAAUUAAACUGUCUUGGUCUCAGAUGAAGUCCAAUUAAAGAACUUGGAACACUUCUGAAUCUGUUUAUAUUUUCCAGUGAGCCCCUUGCAUACAACUAUGCUCGUUUGAUUUAAAUUGUCCCCCAUAAACCAAAUUGCCAUUUUUUUUUCUUGGUCGCCAUUCCUUUAAAAAGAGUGGAACAUAGAAGCACUUCCAAGAGAAUGGCUUUUCUUGAAAACUAAAAAUUCUACAGAAAUGAUAUUUGAAGCGAGAUUAGCAAAGUGAAUCCUAUUUUUGUGUGUGUUUAAUUACUAUUAGUGUGUGAAAAUCUCCACAUUGGGACAAACCAUUUUUGUUAGCAAAUUUUUGGUAUGACAUAACCCAAAGCAGAUUAUUUACUAAUUAUUGGCAGUUGAAAGUAAUCAUUAAUAGUGGAUUCAGCAAUGGCACAUAAAACUUCAGGACAGAUUCCUAAGGGAUGUGCCCAACAGAGAAAGAAUUUCAAAAUGGAUAUUUUCAUGACAGUGGCAGAAUCAUCGGCUUAAGCUUUUCACCUUUAAGUUUGGAUCGAGCUUUUGUUUUUUUUUUAAGUCAGUGAAUAAUGGAGUUCUAUUGGAAAAUUACAUUCUAUAUAAUUUUUUGUUACACUGUUACUAUAAGUAUUAUGACAUUUUCAUUGAUUGAGUGAAAACUUCAGGGCUUCUUUUCUGUAUAUAACAAAGAAUUUAAACUUGUACAUAUUUUUGUACCUUUCAUUGUGUAAAUUUUGCACAGAAAGUUUUUGACAUAAAUUUUAUUUUUUUCAAUUUAGUUCUGUGCAUGCACUAAUAAAAGUGGUUGUUUAAUUUAAAAGGAAUAUAUAAAACUUUACCCAUAUUAUUUUCUUGGUUUUUAUUUCAGAGGUAGAAUUUUUUGUGGGGGGAGGAUAAAUUCAUUUUUCAGGGAUUGAACACUAUUGUUAGCAAGUGCCUAAAAGAUGUGAAACAGUUUACAUAUAUCAACUGUAACAGUAGGUCCCAAAUGGGCCCAUUCUCCAAAUAGUUUUAUUUUAAAGAAAGCCAUACAUAGAUGCUUCAAGCUAAUCUUGCUAUGCACAUUAUACAUGUACUGUUUUUGUGCAGUUUGUCUACUUUCUUAGUGAAGUAUUUUUUGUAUAAAACUUGUUAAAAUUGUGUUUCUUGAAUUGAGCCUAAGAAUGGAGGUGAUUGGAAAUAUACAGUAUAUAUUAAUAAUGUACAUGGUGUUUAAAGAAUGGUAUGCAUUGUUAAUUUCUAUAAUGAACAUUUUCAAUUAAAUUUGAGUUUGUGUUUACACAAUUUUUCUGCUGUGCUAAAAUCAAAUGGAAAUUUUAUUCUAUUGGGGAAUACUUAGAUUUUAAAGAUUUUUAUUCUAGUGAACUAUGCAAAUAAAGUGUGGAAUUUUGCCCCCCAAACCACAGGUUUGACAUGGGUAACAAAUACCCCAUUUUAUAGUGCUAUAAGGAAGCCACUAGAGAGGCUUAUGCCCUUCAGUACCCUAACAACAAUAAAAUUGAAGGGCUGUUUUUAUGGAGACCUAUUUUAUGGAGGCCUUUUGUAAAUAGAGAACAGAAAGAACUAUGCCAGUAUUAGCAACACUGUAAAAUACACUUCAAAUACCAUAUAAUCUUGCUUAUAUGUGGAAUCUAAUGAACAAAAAAAACUAAAUAGAAACAAGCAUGGUUACAUGGAACAGACCGACAGCUGUCAGAGGGGAGGAGGUUUGGGGGGGCUGGGUGAAAGAAGGUGAAGGGAUUAAGCAAAAUACCCAACAAUAUACAGGUAAAACAUGGACACAACAGUGUGGUGAUAGCCAGAGAGAAGGGGGUAGACAAAGAGGGUAAAUGGGAACAGAAAGAGACUGCUUUGGGUCACAGGCACACGAUGCAGUGUGCGGAUGAUGUUGAGUUGUACACUUGAACGUUGUUUGGUUUUGUGAAUCACUGUCACCCCAAUACAAUUAAAAUUACAUUUUGGAACAGUCAUAUCAGUAUAGUGAAGUACAUACUUUUUGUCUUAAAGUUUUGAAAACCAUUUAAAAACAUCUCAUGCAACAGAUAGUCUAGUUAGUAGCUUUUUCAGGUUAAUGACCUGACUUCCUCAGGUUAUUUUGAAGGCAAGAAACCUGAUCGGAGCUUUAUUGCCAGAGCAGAAAACAAAAUCUAUCCACUUUUCUCUCUGUUGAAACUGAGCUGAAGAUGACUUUACAAAAUGUGAUGUUCAGUAGUUCGAGGUACUUACAAAUUGGAAAACUAAGUUGUAUUUUUGCAAUCUUAACUUCUGAGUCAGUAAUUUUAUUUUUUCCCUGUUUCCCCAUCUCCACUGAAGUGGGCCUCACUAUUUGGUAUUAACUUAAAAAUUAGUUUAAUUUUUAAAGAGUUUAUUUUAUCCUGAGCAUUUAGUAACAAUUUUAAAUAAUAGUUUUUGAUGAAAAAUUUUGGUCUUGUUAAAAGGUCAAUGAGGUGUUUCAGUAACAGGUUAGAUAGUAAAUAACUUAAGCUUGUAGGUCAUUUAGUCUGUCAUACUACCUAACUGUCAUAAUGCAGAAGCAGGCAACACAUUAGUGAGUGACUGCCUAUGUUUUAGUAACUUGUAAAAUAGGCAGUGGGCCAAAUUUAGCUUACCAAAUAGUUUACCAACCUUUAUGUCUCAAAAUUCUGCUGUUAAGUUGGAAUUUUAUUAAAAUUAAAAACACACUUGGUAUAGAUUUUUGUGAUGUACACUACCUGUAUAAAAGUUACAAAAUGUAAAAACUAAAAUGUAUGUAAAGUCACCAAUGUAGAUGUGUGCUUAAAAUUAAAGAGAAUGUAAAUGUAAUGAAAAUGGUGACUGGGUAGGUAGGUCAUUUGUAUGUAAGGGUAAUGCAGCUUAUGGAAGGAUAUUAAUUUCAUGCAGCUAAUUCCCGAUUUUUUUUAUUACUUAACUUGGGAUAUGUCCCGUUUGUGUAAGGGUAUUGGCUCUUUUUCUUCCAUGGCAAUUUGUUAUGAUCCUUAUUUUCAGCAAAAUCCUUGACUCUAGCCCUGGCCUGAUGUGCUAAGGUUGGAGGUUCCAUCCCUGGUCAGGACACAUACAGGGGAGUCAACCAAAGAAUGCAUGAGUAGGAGGGGCAACCAAUCAUGUCUCUCCCUCCUUCACUCCCUCUCUCUCUUUCUCAGAGAUCAAUACUAAAAAUCUUUUAAAAUUAGUGACUAUUAAGAAUCUUACCUAGCAAAACUUGAUGGAGUGGUUUUCAGAGUAGUACUUGUCACUAGUUAGGAGUAUGGCAGUAGCAAGAAAAUUUCCCAAUAAUGGAGAGUUGAAAUAGCACCAGCUUGGUUGAUUUUGGUGUUCACUGGUCCAAGUAUGCUUCCCAUAAUAACUGGACAAUAGAGAAGUACUCAGUACCUUGAAAGAUGCUUGACAGAAUUUUCUUUGAAUUAUUUUUGACUAGUUUUGUGUCUCAAAGGACUUCUGUUAAUAAAUGCUCCAAAUUUAAGAAUCUGCUUUCUUUAAACAAAUGAGUAUCACUGUGACAGUGUAAACUUCUGAGUGAAAAUUGUACCAGUGUUAGUAUAAUGAACAUCAAUUUUAAAAAUGAUUUUGGUCAAUACCAAGAAUGGUGCUUACAAAAAAAUACUUAUUCCUGGUAAAGAUGGUUAUGAUAUAUUAAAAGAAUACUUCUAUUUUUAAAAGAUCUUAUUUUCAUUUUUAAUAUAUUUUAUUGAUUAUGCUAUUAUCCCAUUUUCCCCCUUCCCUCCACCCUGCACACCCCCUCUCACCCACAUUCCCCCCCUUUAGUUCAUGUCCAUGUGUCAAAAGUUCUUGGCUUCUUAAUUUCCCAUACUAUUCUUACCCUCCCCCUCUCUAUUUUGUACACACCAUCUAUGCUACUUUUUCUCUGUACCUUCUCCCCCUUUCUCCCUUUCCCACUCCCCUGUUGAUAACCCUCCAUGUGAUCUCCAUUUCUGUGGUUCUGUUCCUAUUCUAGUUGUUUGCUUAGUUUGUUUUAGGUGUGGUUGUUAAUGUGAGUUUGCUGUCAUUUUACUGUACGUUUUUUUCUUUUUUCUUUGAUAAGUCCCUUUAACAUUUCAUAUCAUAAGGGCUUGGUGGCGAUGAACUCCUUUAACUUGACCUUAUCUGAGAAGCACUUUAUUUACUCUUUCAUUCUAAAUGAAAGCUUUGCUGCAUAAAGCUAUCUUGGACGUAGGUCUUUGCCUUUCAUGACUUCGAAAACUUUCCAGCCCCUUUUUGCCUGUAAGGUUUCUUUUGAGAAAUCAGAUGACAGUCUUAUGGACACUCCUUUGUAGUUAACUCCUUUUGCUGCUUUUAAGAUUCUCUCCUUAUCUUUAAUCUUGGGUAAUGUAAUUAUGAUAUGUCUUGGUGUGUUACUCCUUGGGUCCCAACUUCUUUGGGAUUCUGAGCUUCCUGGAUUUCCUUAAAGUCUAUUUCCUUUACCAGAUUGGGGAAGUUCUCCUUCAUUAUUUUUUCAAAAAACUUUUCUUUUUUAAAUUUAAUUGUUCAAGUACAGUUUUCUGUCUUUUACUCCCAUCCCAGCCCACCCCCCAAGUGCUCCCUACCUCCUUCCCAUUUCCACCCCCCUUAGUCGUUACCCAUGUGUCUUUUAUACUAGUUCCUGUAAAUCCUUCCCCUUUUCCCCUGAAAUUCCCUCCCCUCUCCCCUCUGGUCAUUGUCCACCUGUUCUCUGUUUCAGUGUCUUUGGUUAUAUUUUGCUUGCUUGUUUAUUUUGUUGUUUAGCUUCCUGUUAAAGGUGAGAUCCUAUAGUAUUUGUCUUUCAUCGCCUGGCUUAUUUCACUCAGCAUAAUGCCUUCCAGUUCCAUCCAUGCUGUUGCAAAUAACUUUUCCACUUGUUGCUCUUCCUCUUCUCCUUCUGGUACCCCUGUAAUUCGAAUCUUGGAAUGUUUAAACAUGUCCUGGAGGUUCCUAAGCUCCCCUUAUUUUUUUGAAUUCUUGUGUCUUCAUUCUUUUCUGUUUGGUUGUUUCUUACUGCUGUUCCCUUCCAUUGAUUUGAGUCUCAGUUUCCAUCCCAUCACUAUUGGUUCCCUGUACAUUUUCCUUUAUUUAACUUUAGCCUUCAUUUUUUCAUCUAAUUGUGACCAAAUUCAACCAAUUCUAUGAACAUCCUGAUCAACCAGUGUUUUGAAGUAUGCAUCUAAUGGGUUGGCUACCUCUUUGUUGCUUAGUUGUAUUUUUUUCUGGAGCUUUGAUUUGUUUUUUCAUUUGGGCCUUUUUUUUUU